AGGCCAGGAGAGCCACCCCAUGUCAUCUUUGCGAAGCCCAUGGCUACAACUCUGCCCUGAAGGGUGGCCCGUGGGUUUGAUCUGCUGACCUUAGUGAGGUCUCCCGGACUGCUUGAAUUUCCGAAGGGAGUCCCAGCGUCUGUGAGCCCUGGCACCUGCCCUGGGGAAGAUGAAGGAUAUUGACAUAGGAAAAGAGUUUAUCCUCCCCAGCCCUGGGUACCGGAACGUCAGCUCCAGCUGCACUGCCACGCAGCCGCCCGCAGAACUCACGGAAUCCAAGUACAAGAGAAGCCGCCCGUUGGAAUGCCAGGAUGCCUUGGAGACCGCUGCCCGAGCUGAGGGUCUCUCCCUGGAUGUCUCCGCGCACUCUCAUCUGCGAAUCCUGGAUGAGGACCGUCCCAAGGGAAAGUACCAUCACGGCCUGAGUGCUCUGAAGCCCAUCCGGACCACUUCCAAACACCAGCACCCCGUGGACAAUGCCGGGCUCUUCUCCUGCAUGACCUUCUCCUGGCUCUCUUCACUGGCCCGCGUGGCCCACAAGAAGGGGGAGCUCCUGAUGGAGGACGUGUGGCCUCUGUCCAAGUACGAGUCUUCCGAGGUGAACUGCAGAAGACUAGAGAGACUGUGGCAAGAAGAACUGAAUGAAGUUGGUCCAGACGCUGCUUCCCUCCGAAGGGUUGUGUGGAUCUUCUGUCGCACCAGGCUCAUCCUGUCCAUCGUGUGCCUGAUGAUCACGCAGCUGGCUGGCUUCAGUGGACCAGCCUUCAUGGUGAAACGCCUCCUGGAGUACACCCAGGAAACAGAGUCUAACCUGUGGUUCAGCUUGCUGUUAGUCCUGGGCCUCUUCCUGACAGAUGUCGUGCGGUCUUGGUCGCUGGCAUUGACUUGGGCUCUGAAUUACCGAACUGCUAUCCGGCUGCGAGGGGCCAUCCUCACCAUGGCCUUCAAGAAGAUCCUGAAGUUAAAGAACAUGAAGGAGAAGUCCCUGGGCGAGCUCGUCAACGUUUGCUCCAACGAUGGGCAGAGGAUGUUUGAGGCAGCUGCCGUUGGCAGCUUGUUGGCUGGCGGGCCUGUCGUUGCCAUCUUGGGCAUGAUUUAUACUGUAAUUAUUCUGGGACCCACGGGCUUCCUGGGAUCGGCUGUCUUUGUCCUCUUUUAUCCAGCCAUGAUGUUUGCAUCGCGGUUCACGGCGUACUUCCGGAGGAAAUGUGUGGCGGCCACCGAUGACCGAGUCCAGAAGAUGAAUGAAGUCCUCACUUACAUUAAAUUUAUUAAAAUGUAUGCCUGGGUCAAAGCCUUUUCUCAGAGCGUCCAAAGAAUCCGGGCGGAGGAGCGCAGCAUCUUGGAGAAGGCUGGCUACUUCCAGAGCAUCACUGUGGGCGUGGCCCCCAUUGUGGUGGUGAUCGCCAGCGUGGUGACCUUCUCAGCCCACAUGGCCCUGGGCUUCGAUCUGACAGCAGCACAGGCUUUCACAGUAGUGACUGUCUUCAAUUCUAUGACUUUUGCUUUGAAAGUGACGCCGUUCUCAGUAAAAUCCCUCUCAGAAGCAUCUGUUGCUGCCGACAGAUUUAAGAGUUUGUUUGUCAUGGAGGAGGUUCACAGGAUCAAGAAGAAGCCCGCCAGCCCGCACGUCAAGAUCGAGAUGAAGAACGCCACCUUGGCCUGGGACUCCUCCCAUAACAGUACCCAGAGCUCGCCCAAGCUGACCCCCAGAAUGGAGAGAGACAAGAGGGCUGCCAGGGCCAAGAAGGAGAAGGGGCGGCAGCUGUCGCACACAGAGCACCAGGCGGUGCUGGCUGAGCAGAGGGGCCACCUCCUGCUGGACAGCGACGAGCGGCCGGGUCCUGAGGAGGAGGAGGGCAGGCACAGCCACCCGGGGAGCCUCCGCCUGCAGAGGACGCUGUACGGCAUCGACCUGGAAAUCCAAGAGGGCAAGCUGGUUGGAAUCUGCGGCAGCGUGGGAAGUGGAAAAACCUCGCUCAUUUCAGCCAUUUUAGGCCAGAUGACCCUUCUAGAAGGCAGCAUUGCAGUCAGUGGGACCUUCGCGUACGUGGCCCAGCAGGCCUGGAUCCUCAAUGCCACUCUGAGAGACAACAUCCUUUUUGGGAAGGAGUUUGAUGAAGAAAGAUACAACACUGUGCUGAACAGCUGCUGCCUGAGGCCUGACCUGGCUAUUCUCCCCAACAGCGACCUGACGGAGAUCGGCGAGCGAGGCGCCAACCUGAGUGGUGGGCAGCGCCAGAGGAUCAGCCUUGCCCGGGCCUUGUACAGUGACAGGAGCAUCUACAUCCUGGACGACCCCCUCAGUGCCUUAGAUGCCCACGUGGGCAAGCACAUCUUCAAUGGUGCUAUCCGGAAGCACCUCAAGUCCAAGACCGUUCUGUUCAUUACCCACCAGUUACAGUACCUGGUGGACUGUGAUGAAGUGAUCUUCGUGAAAGAGGGCUGUAUCACAGAGAGAGGCUCCCACGAGGAACUGAUGAACAUCAAUGGGGACUACGCAGCCAUUUUUAAUCACCUGCUGCUGGGAGAGACGCCCCCGGUUGAGAUUAACUCCAAAAAGGAAGCCGGUGGUUCACAGAAGUCGCAAGACAAGGGUCCUAAAGCGGGAUCUGUAAAGAAGGAGAAAGCCGUGAAGGCGGAGGAAGGGCAGCUGGUGCAGGCCGAGGAGAAGGGGCGGGGCUCACUGCCCUGGUCUGUCUAUGGCGCCUACAUCCAGGCUGCAGGCGGCCCCUUGGCCUUCCUGGUCAUCAUAUCCCUUUUUGUACUGAAUGUGGGGAGCACUGCCUUCAGCACCUGGUGGCUGAGUUACUGGAUCAAGCAAGGAAGUGGGAACGUCACGGUGACCCUAGUCGGGAACAGGACCGUGGUGAGUGACAGCAUGAAGGACAACCCUCUCAUGCACUACUACGCCAGCAUCUACGCCCUCUCCAUGGCUGCCAUGCUGCUCCUGAAGGCCGUGCGAGGGGUGGCCUUCGUGAAGGGCACACUGCGGGCCUCUUCCCGUCUCCACGAUGAGCUCUUCCGGAAGAUUCUUCGCAGCCCUAUGAAGUUUUUUGACACUACCCCCACGGGGAGAAUCCUCAACAGGUUUUCCAAAGACAUGGAUGAAGUCGACGUGCGCCUGCCGUUCCAGGCCGAGAUGUUCAUCCAAAACGUCAUCUUCGUUGUCUUCUGUGUCGGGAUGAUUGCCAGUGUCUUCCCGUGGUUACUCGUGGCAGUGGGACCCCUCCUCCUCCUCUUUGCAGUGCUCCACAUUGUCUCCAGGGUUUUCAUUCGAGAACUGAAGCGUCUGGACAAUAUCACGCAGUCCCCUUUCCUCUCGCACAUCACCUCCAGCAUCCAGGGCCUUGCCACCAUCCAUGCCUACGACAAGGGGCAGGAGUUUCUCCACAGGUACCAGGAGCUCCUGGAUGACAACCAGGCCCCGUUAUUCCUGUUCACGUGUGCGAUGAGAUGGCUGGCCGUGCGGCUGGAUCUGAUGAGCAUCGCGCUGAUCACCACCACGGGGCUGAUGGUUGUCCUCAUGCACGGGCAGAUCCCCCCAGCCUAUGCGGGCCUCGCCAUGGCGUAUGCCAUCCAGUUAACCGGGCUGUUCCAGUUCACUGUCAGACUAGCGUCUGAGACGGAAGCGCGAUUCACCUCGGUGGAGAGGAUCAACCACUACAUUAAGACGCUCUCCUUGGAAGCACCUGCCAGAAUUAAGGACAAGGCUCCCUCGCCCGACUGGCCCCAGGAAGGAGAGGUGACCUUCGAGGAGGCAGAGAUGAGAUACAGAGAAAACCUCCCGCUGGUCCUGAAGAAAGUGUCCUUCACCAUCAAACCGAAGGAGAAGAUUGGCAUCGUGGGGCGGACAGGGUCAGGGAAGUCCUCUCUGGGGAUGGCCCUCUUCCGGCUGGUGGAGUUAUCUGGAGGCUGCAUCAAAAUCGACGGGGUGCGCAUCUGUGACAUCGGCCUGGCCGACCUCAGAACCAAGCUCUCCAUCAUCCCCCAGGAGCCCGUGCUGUUCUGCGGCACAGUCAGAUACAACCUGGACCCCUUCAGCCAGUACUCGGAGGACCAGAUUUGGGACGCCCUAGAGAGGACACACAUGAAAGAGUGUAUUACUCAGCUACCUCUGAGACUUGAAUCUGAAGUGAUGGAGAAUGGGGACAACUUCUCGGUGGGGGAGCGACAGCUCUUGUGUGUGGCCAGAGCCUUGCUCCGGCACUGUAAGAUACUGAUCCUGGAUGAGGCCACUGCAGCCAUGGACUCAGAGACAGACUUACUGAUUCAAGAGACCGUCCGAGAAGCGUUUGCAGACUGCACCAUGCUGACGAUUGCUCACCGCCUACACACAGUUCUGGGCUCCGACAGGAUUAUGGUGCUGGCUCAGGGACAGGUGGUGGAGUUCGACACCCCAUCGGUCCUUCUCUCCAACGACAGCUCCCGGUUCUACGCCAUGUUUGCCGCCGCAGAUAACAAGGUUGCUGUCAAGGGCUGAGCCCCCGCCCCGGAGCCCUUGGCCGAGACCCGCCACCCUCGCCGGCGGCGGCUGUGCCCGCGGCAGGCCCCUCAUUGUGGCCUCUAGCCGCAGCCUGGUCCCAGCCCGGCUUUCCCUCGCACAGCAGUGCAGAAUUGGCUUGUGUGUUUCUUUUUUAGGGAGAGCCCUAUUUUGAUUAUGGUAUUUAUUCCCUACUCAUGUACACAGAAUUUAGUUUUUGUUCUUAAUUGCACUUCAAAAGGUUCAGGGAACCGUUAUUAUUAAAUGUAUCAGAGGCCUAUAAUGAAGCUUUACACGUGUAGCUCUAUCUCUAUGUCACUCUGUACAUAGCCUGUACUCACAGUGGAGGUGUGAGCCGUUGGUUUUAUAUUAAAAUGAGCACUGAGCGAUAGCAGUGCCUACUCUCUCUCAUGCUGGACAGUCGGCUGUACCCAUGGCCGAGUGGUGGACAGUCGGCUAUGCCCGUGGCCUAGUGGUGGACGGUCGGCUGUACCCGUGGCCGAGUGGUGCUGAGACCACAGGAAAGGCAGCCCAUGUCCUCCCGAGCUGGGGGUUUCACGGUGCCGGGGGUCCGGGGGUCCAUGAGGAAGAAGUGACCGCAAGGGCCCCUUGGCAGCCCCUCAGGGGCCAGGCUGGCGAAGACCAUGCCGAGCACCGUGAAUUCUCAGGGCUCCUGCUUUCUGUCCUGUGUCACUGCCCUGUUCGUCAGGUGCCCCUGGUGACGCCCGCCCCGGAAUGAGCAGCACAGAGAUGGACGUUCCUGGGCGAGAGGGCCUUUUCCUUCCUGCCUCUGCCGUCCUGCUGUCGUUUCUAAACCAGUGGCCCCAGAGCCCCACUGCCUCAGGUUCUCACGCUGGCCACUGCACAGAGCCCUCGGCGCCUUGACCCGCAGACUCCAGCCCCCGGCUGCCUGCGGCCCCCUUAGGGGUACUUUUUCAUUUGCCGGUGCCCACGCCUCCACAGCUCAGUGACAGGGGUCAAGAUUUUGUGGGUCUGUUUCUUUCUUUCUUGCUGCUGUCUGUCUGUCUCCCUCCCUCCCUCUCUAAAGUGUACGACUCCGAGCAGCUCUAGCUAAUCAGUGUCUCACACUGGCAUAGAAGUUUCUCGUACUGUAAAGAGACCUACCUCAGGUUGCCGAUUGCUGUGUGGUUCAGUGUGUUCCCCGCAAACCCUCCUCAUGCUGUGGGGCCGUGGUCGCUGCUGCUGUCAUCAGCCCCAUGGUCAGCGUCGCAUGUCGUGACCAGCGAGACUUCUGUCGCCUUAGCAUGUUUGCUAAACACCUCGUGGACACAAAAGUCUGGGAAAGUGAAUAAAAUUAUUUUGGAUUUUGUAAAA